AUGGUUACAGGAACUAUUGAACUGUCUUCACAGCACCAUAUUAGAUGUAUUUAUAUUGAAGAAUUCGGCAAAGAAAUACAAAUAUGGGGAACAAUAAGAGAGUAUUGUUGGACGUGCGACUUUCGAAAGACUUUCGGUUCUCAAAUCAACUCUGUAUUAGAGAAGAAACGUCAUAGGACAGUUUGGACUGCAUAUUCUAAGUUUACAUUAUGUCAGCUGGCUCAAGCAUGUUUCAAGAGAAGAAAAAGAGUGAGAAAGAAAGGCUUGGACAAAGCUUCUACUUUUUGCAAUGGGCUAUCAACCUAUACAACUACUAUAAGGGAAAAAAAGCAAUGUGUAAACCAUUAG